CGUCUCUCCCAUUCACCACAGUUUAUUAUCACACUCGGACGGAGCGAGUACAGAGGUGCUGUUCUUCCUCCUCCUCUCUUUAUCCCAUUUUGGAUUAUCACUGUGCUUUUCAUCAUGCUGGAAGUGGAAGUGAACGGGACGCCGGCCAGUCAGCUGUCAACUCCUCAUUCGGGAAAAUCUCCCAGCCCCUCCCCAACCAGUCCAGGCAGCCUUAGCCGACGCAGGGGGUCCCAGGGUUCUUCCACCUCUCUGUCUUCCACUAAAGGUUCGAGCCCAGUGGAAGAUGGUGAUGGACUUGUUCCUGAAGCUGAAGUUCUAGUCAAUGAGGUUCCAGCUGUGCCGUCCUACAUAUCAGACCGUUACAAGGUGGGGCGAAUGUUAGGAGAUGGGAAUUUUGCAGUCGUCCGGGAAUGCACGGAGCACUCCACAGGACGAGAGUACGCUCUGAAGAUCAUCAACAAGGGCAAAUGCAGAGGCAAGGAGCACAUGAUCCAGAACGAGGUGGCCAUACUUCGCCGGGUCAAACAUCCAAAUAUCGUCUUACUCAUCGAGGAGUUUGACACUUACAACGAGCUCUACCUGGUCAUGGAGUUGGUCAAGGGGGGAGAUCUGUUCGAUGCCAUCACCUCUGCCAAUAGAUACACAGAGAGAGACGCCAGCGGCAUGCUCCACAAUCUGGCCAGCGCCAUCAAAUACCUUCACAGCCUCAACAUUGUCCACAGAGACAUCAAACCAGAAAACCUGCUGGUGUACGAACAUGCAGAUGGCAGCAAGAGCCUCAAACUGGGAGACUUUGGUUUGGCGACCGUGGUGGACGGACCCCUCUACACUGUCUGCGGGACCCCAACAUAUGUAGCACCUGAAAUCAUUGCAGAAACAGGGUAUGGUCUUAAGGUUGACAUCUGGGCAGCUGGAGUCAUCACCUAUAUCCUCCUGUGUGGUUUCCCACCCUUUCGGGGGAGCAGUGACGAUCAAGAAGUGCUUUUUGAUCAGAUACUAAUGGGUCAGCUAGAAUUUCCUCUGCCCUACUGGGACAAUGUGUCAGAGACCGCUAUGGAGCUGAUUCGAUCCAUGCUGGAGGUGGAGGUCGAUAAGAGAUACACUGCCCUCCAGGUGCUGGAGCACCCCUGGGUCACUGACGAGGGUCUGUGCGAGAAUGAACACCAGCUGUCGGUAGCAGGAAAGAUAAAGAAGCACUUCAACACCAGCCCAAAAGGCACUGACACCACUGCUGGAGUGUCAGUCAUUUCUGCCACCCCUCUUGAUAAGGAGAGGCAGGUUCUCGGACGAGGAUGCCACCCGGAUGUGAAACCGCUGCCGCUGCAGAUGAUGCCAACUGUGAAUUCAGUAACAACAACAACAAAAACACUACGGGCGGAGCCCCCCAGUUGCCUCCCUGGCCUGCCCACGGCCCCUCCCUCUCUGACCCCUGACACUUGCUCUGACCCCUCCCCAGACCCCAGACUCCCAUCCGACUCUGAUGACAUCUCCAUCAGCUCAGCCAGCACCGCCUGCUCCCCCAGCUCGCCCUUCUAGAGAGCAGGCGAAGGGGAGUAGGGGGAGGAAGAGGAGGAAGGUGUGCAAAGGAGGAGGCGGCGAGGGAAAAUCCUCAUCCAGCUCCUCCCUCUGCAUGUGGAGGAGGAGGAGGAGGAGGUGUCAACCCCUUUCUCCCAGUAUCUCUGAAAAAAAGAAAUAAAAAUAUCAACAGAGAACUUCACACUUCCCUGAAUCCAACUUUCCGAACCUGGAGGAAAGAUGGACCAAGGGGUGGAUAAGAAGACGUUAGAGAGGUUGGGAGAAAGAUUCAAGAGGCAACAAGAAACAGGGAUCGAGAGGAAGAGGGGAAAGCCAGAGUGAGGUGAAAGACUUUUGUUGAUUUCUUUUUAACAUUUUCUCAUCUGAGCACAUGUUGUAGAGCUCAAGGAGCAAGAAAGGGCUUUACCCUUCAGUGAUGAUCCGGGCUCGACAUGGAAACUUCCUCAAGGCGGAACAGCUCUACAAGGCAAUAUGAGAAUAUGGACCAAUGUUCAUGUUUUAUUGAACCUUAUUUAUUCAUACUUUAAUUCACAGCAUUUUUUGAUAUGUAUUUCUCUUUUUCAUAGAAAAAAAAACAAUGUUUUUAUUGACUUCUCCUUAGAGCUUGGUGGAUUUAAAAUAAUGGCAAAGUGCUUAGAAGUAGAGUGCAGAAACGUUUAAGUAGGUGACAGCAGACGUGAUGAAAACACAAUGUUGGAAAGCGAGCUAAAACACGUUGGGGAAGGAUUUUAUGGUUUUUUUCAGUUGCAAAAUGUGUUUUAAAAAUGGCUUUGAUGAAAAAAAAAAAAGAUGAAAUUGUGCUGUGACGCUGUGCUCAACACAGUUUCGGCGCUGCCUUCCCCCGUAACGUUGGAUCGCAGUCAUACAGUUUACAUUUUACACAGACUGCUAUUCUAAGACGACAAUGGUGCAUUUGACUGCUCCUUCUGGUUUUGUUACUUGCUCGGUUCACGACAUCUUGAUACACAAAACUCAGCAGCAUCCUGGUGCUUGUGUAGCAAACUCGACAUCUGAACCCAUUUGUCCUCAAGCCACACAUUUUCACAGUGAUCAUCACGCUAAUUCUUUUUAUAUUUUAUGAACACUAGACACAUGUUUCAUCAACAUGUUCAAGCUAUGGUUGGUGCAGCUCAAGUAUAUGGUUACACAGACACGUUUUCAGAUGGAGAAGGCGCACAGUUAACAGUUCACAAGAGGUGCCUAUUUGCACAUUUGCACUGCAGUCUAGGUGCAGUGAGACAUGAUCGAGAGAAUGACAGUAUGGAUGCCAGAGAACCAGCAGUACAGCGAAAAAGGGUGGAGGAGAAUUUAUUUCAGCUCUGUACAACCUCAUUCAUGGCUUCAUUUCUUCAGAUGAAAGCAUGACAGACAUACAGUAGCCUAUUCUUAUAAAAGAAACAGUUUAGUGAUGAAGUAUUGUUUAUAUGUUGUGUAAAUAACAAUUUUAUUUAUUUUGAUAGUUCACAAUACAGUAUAUUUCUUUACUAGUAGUCAGUCUAUGAGAAUUGUACAAUAAUAAUACAAAAAAAUACAACAAAAUCAGUCAUACAUGCGUAUCAGUCAGUCAGCGAAGAAAAAAAUAAUAAACUAGAGGAGAUCAUCAGGUUGAUGUGAAGCGUUAAGCAUGGGUGAGUUGGAUGGAUCGGUAGUGGAUAUGAAGAAGAGAUCAUCAACUUUGCCUCCUACUGGGAAUGAUGUCACUUCUUUUCUUCAGAAAAGCAGCCAGUAAUAUGGUUUCCCUUAAACUGAUGUGAGAUAAGAGAUGAGAAGACAGAUGAGUGAGAGAAAUACACAGAAGUGUUAGGUUUUUUUGUUUGUUUGUUUUUUGCAGAUGAUCUCCUUGCAGUCGUCACACCAGUCAGACUCUCUGUAUUUAUUCUCAUCAUUGCACAUAUGCGGUAAUGUGCUGCCAUAUUGACCAGAUCAGUAUGAACUUGUGCUCUCCAGCGCACGGACACGUGGUUUACCAAAGUGCUCUCACAGCUGACCCACUGUAUUACAGUCCAUUGCAAUACCAAUACCUGUACCUCUGUUCAACAAUGGUCUAUGACUAUAGUAAUAAUUAAAAUAUGUUUAAAAUCAAA